CACCAUUUCCUAUGGAAAUACCCUUAUGUAAAAAUAGAACAGUGUCUCAGGAUGGGUCAUAGUACAUAUUGGUAUUACUACGUGAUGGUGUCACUAUUUAGAGUUUGAAGUCAAGAUGGAAACGUAACUGACAGAAUUAGCAUCACAGAUAUGCACAAUGUUUCAUUUGGAUUCAACAAAAUCAAUAGAAACUGAUAAUACUAAUGAAGAGGCUUUGCUUAAGUGCAAAGAAUUUUUGAUAGAAGAUAGGACCAUAAUAGACUUCAUAACAGUUCAGACAAGUUGCUGCUGUUCUGUUUGUAGAGACUUUUAUACUUUUGAAGAAGAUUUUCUUGGAUUUGAUUCUUUUGAAGACAAAGAAAAACCAAAUCAAGAAAAAAACAGUUAUAGUGCUGUGAAAAGAGGAUACCGAAAUUUCUGGGUGCACAGAGCCUUUGCAUUAACCAAAGACAGUACUCAGUGUAACAAAAUUUUACAAAUAGGAAAGCAGGAGAAAAGCCUGAAAAAACUCUAUAGAUCUUAUUGGAAAGAUUUUCUUUCAUUAUAUUAACUUUUUAUUUAUUGUCCCUGUAUUUGAGACUAGAUUUUCAAAGCUACAAAUUCAAAAUAAUAAGAUAAGAGAUAGCGUUUUGAGUAACUAUUUGUAAAUAUAUAUAGUUGAUGAAAUAUACAUUUCUGGGCAUUAGGUAAAAUUUUAUUAACUGUUUUGUGAGUGUUUGUAUAUAUAUUUAUAUUAAUAUAGCAUUAUUUUGACAUAAGUAAGAUAUGGCUGAAGGAUCUUUGAAACUAUUCAAUAGUGUUUUUGAAAAUGAAUCAGCACGACAAACUACUUUUUUCACUUAUAAUUGGCCAAAAAAUGCGCCGGUCUGGCCAAUUUUAUUGGUUCGAGCAGGAUUCUAUUAUCAGGGUAAAAAUCAAGAUGUAACAUGUUUUUGUUGUGGGUUAACAACAUCCGUGAAAGAUUGGACCAGGAAUGUCCAUCCCCAACAAAUGCACUUUAAACUUAAUCCAGACUGCCAGUUCAUACAGUUUAUACUCAAACCUGAAGGUGGGUGUCAAACCUUUAAUGAUCGAGGGAAAUGGCAAAUACAGAGCCAAAAUACAGAAACAACGGAAGAGAAAAAUAACAUUCAACAUGUUCAAGAAGAUAUUGAAAAAAUUAACAGAAAUGAAUUGAUUGCUCAAAAAGUUGAAGAUAUAAGUACUUUAAAGGAUAAGUUAGAUAUAAGUACUUUAAAGGAUAAGUUAGAUAUAAGUACUUUAAAGGAUAAGUUAGAUACUAAUAUAAACAUUCCCUCAAACACGGCUUUUGGAAAUAUUGAGAAUAAUACAAUUCCAGAGAUACUGCCGCCAUCAAUGGUACAGCAAUCUGUUGUUAGUCAGGAUAGUGGGUUUGCAACAAGCAGAACAGAAUCAUCAAUAUACACUGACUCGGCUCCUCCAGGAUCAAUGUCUACAGAAUGCCUUCUGAUCAGUGGUAGUACACCAUAUCCCUAUAGAACUAGUCAGAGCCAUGGUAAUUCAUAUUUACCAGGAAGCUUUCUAACAACUAAUUCAAGAGCAGUGUCUGAUGGAACAGCUUCAAUACAAUCCUCUUUUGCAAGUGCUGACAUUCAGUCUGCCAUUGCAAGACCAGAAAAUUUCAACUAUAAACAUCCAGAAAUGGAAACAGUAACAGAUAGAAUAGACACUUUUCAUACAUGGCCACACAAAGAUAUUCAGGAACCAAGAAUUGUAGCAACAGCUGGGUUCUAUUAUACAAUGGAUCAUGAUAUUGUUAGAUGCUUUUGUUGUGAUUUAGGCCUAUCUGAGUGGGAUGAAAAUGAUAGUCCUUGGACUGAGCAUGCCAGACAUAGUCCUAAUUGUUGGUACCUGAAAAGGGUCAAAGGUCAAAACUUUAUUGAUGACAUUCAGAAGGAUUGGAGAAAGAUUUACAAUCCUAAGUUCCCUAAUCUUAUAGAUGAAGGAGACAGAAUCAAAACAUUCAGCAAUUGGCCUAAUAUUGUUAUUAGACCUACAUCAAUAGAUAUAGCUAAAGCUGGAUUCUUUUAUACUGGGCGUGGUGAUGAAUGUAGAUGCCAUUAUUGUGACGGGGGACUACAACACUGGGAAAGUGGCGAUAAUCCAUGGGAACAACAUGCCUAUUAUUUUCCAUUUUGUAAAUUUGUUAUUAAAAUGAAAGGAAGAGACUUCAUCAAUCAGAUCAGGGAAAGAUUUGUAGCAAGUUCACCAAAUGUAGACGCAUUAAUGAGGGAAUCAGAAGAAGCAGAAGCUGCACAAACAAGAGAUGACAUCAGAGAAAGGAAAAUAAAAGACAUAUUAAACAAACAAGAAUUUAAAGAUAUUGUUAACUUUGGAUACAACAAAAAGGUCAUUAGAAGAGCUGCAGAAGAAGUCUUUAAAGAUAAAGCUGAUUUUAAAUUCACACCACAGCAUGUUUUGAAUAAAAUAUUAGAUAUGCAAGAUCGUGGUGAGGAUCUUCCUACUGAUGAUGAUGAUGAGGAAGAAGAAGAAGAAAAUGAAGAAACAAAAAAAUCCUUGUUGACUGCAGCUGAGUUCAUGGAAGCUCUUGAAAAAGAGGAGCCAGUUGGAGAUGCAGAAAAAGUGAUGAAGGAAAACAAAAAGUUAAAAGACAGUUUGAUGUGUUGGAAAUGUGGCAAAGAACAGAUAUGUAUGUUAUUUACGCCGUGUGGACAUCGGCUAGUUUGUGAAAGUUGCUCAAAACCAAUUCAUCAUUGUUUGAAAUGUAAUAAGAAGAUAAAAAAGAAGUAUAAGACAUACUUAGCAUAAAAGCAGGCCAAGUACAGCUGUAACUAUCCUUCCAAGGGAUAACUGAUACCAACAAAGA